AUGAGAAACCUGUUACUCAUAUUCGUCCUUUUCUCAAUGGUCUCUUCAUGGGUCAUUUAUAGAAAAAGCCACAAGAAACGACUGAUUUGUCGAGAAGAGACAGAAUGGACAAAUUCAACUGCAAAUUAUAUGACGAAUUCAGCGAUUCGUUCCACUUCUGACGAGGAUGAUGACAACAGUUCGUCGUCAGCUGAGACAAGAAGAGCUCGUAAAAGGACCAGAUCGAAGAGAGAUAUUGAAGUGGAUCCAGUUCACAAGGAACCAAUUAUUUAUAUUGGAACUUCAAGUAAUUCAACCGUUUUUAUUGAUGAUGGAGACUUCGAUAUAGUUUCGGAUCAAUUAACAAAGGAAGAGCUUGAAAUGGUAAAACAACAAAUAAUGGACACUUGCAAUGCAUUAAACUCUGCAUAA